AUGCCCCACUUCGUUGCAGCAACAACCUUCGUUCGUUACACACGUUCCACACUGCUUACUGGCUCUUUGCUACAUUCCCCACCCCGUUUCCGCUUAGCAAGUACGAUGUCGAUUCCGUCCAAGAUGAAAGCAUGCCAGAUCCGAGAGCAAGGCGGACUCGAUGUCAUUCAAGUCACAGAAGUCGAUGUGCCUCAGCCCGCUAAAGGUCAAGUUCUGUACGAAGUCCAAUGGGCCGGGUAAGUCCUAAUACCUGAGAUAGUACCUCGUCUAUCAGCUCCUUGGCUGCCCGGGGGCUCCCGGGGGGGGGGGGGCGGGAGGUCCCCAAAGGACGGUGACCGGGAGUGCGAGACCAACAAACUGAACACGUCGCGUCGCCGACUUCUCUUUUGGCCCCAGUGUUAACUUCAUCGACACCUGUGAGUGGCCACAGUCAAGCAAGGCUAUGCGAUCAGCGAAGAAACGCUUUCGAUUCCGGCCGCCAUCUCGGCUUCCUAGAUCGCUACGGCUCAAUGCUCAUGUCCAACGCCGCUUGCUUCCACAACAGAUCAGCGUGGAGGGCUAUACAAACUAGCGAUGCCGUACAUCCUUGGCAACGAAUCAGCGGGUGUCAUAAUCGCACUCGGAGAGGGUGUCACUGAAGCGAGUCACGGCUUCAAGAUUGGUGACAAAGUUGCGGUACGUCAGACCGAUCAUCAACACUGGUGGCAUUACCUUCGUUGACCGUUCAACGAAGCUUAUGGGGUGUCCUGCCUUCUUCUAUAUUGUUCUGUCUGUAGGCCUUUACUGCCGGUGGAGCGUUCGCCGAAUACGCUGUAUCGCUCGCCGACAAGACGGUCAAGAUCCCAGAGUCCAUGUCAACGAAGCAGGCAGCGACCGGUCUGUUGCAAGGUUUGACGGGUAAGUCAAUGCAAAUCUGGAACACGAUAUAUUCUUGAGAGAUAUUGCCGAGUCAAAUAAAUCCCAUUCGGGGGCUACUCAGCCUUGACUUUUAUUCGCGAGGCCCAUCCGGUGCGGAAAGGAGAACAUAUUCUUGUUCAGGCCGCCGCAGGUGGCUUGGGAGGCCUGCUGGUUCAAUUGUGAGUCGCUAGCUCCGAAAAAAAUGCAUUAUCGACUAUCAGCACUAAGAGUCGUGCCGACCCUAUUUCAUGCCCCAAACAGGGCGAAAAGUGCUGGUGCCCACGUGUGAGCUCUCUCGGGCAUCGUGAUAUGAGGCUUCCCCGAAGCUUUCACUAACCAGCCAACUCUACGACGCGUGCUGCUUCUGAUCAGGGUUGGGUAAGUGCCUCCUUCUCCGCUUCCUGUCGUCAUCCCUGUCAUUCUUAACGGGAUGUUCCUCCGUGAUCAUCUCGUGUCGCCUGCAGAACCAUUUCCACGGAGGAGAAGGCCAAGAUUGCGCGUGCUUCCGGCGCAGAUCAUGUGAUCCUUUACGGUGGACAAGUUGAUGUUGUCGAAGAGGUUUACAAGAUUACGGGAGGCGAAGGCAUUGACCGUGGCGUUCACGCUGUGUUCGAUGGCGUCGGAAAAGACACAUUUGAGAUGGAUUUCGAUCUCGUUAGGAGGAAGGGCUCGAUCGUAAGCCUGACGUCCAAGAAGAGAGAGCUCGGGGCUCGUUCGCCCUCCGUGCCUGACUAGCAGAGUACUGAUGAAUUUCAUGCAACCUAGGUAUCUUGCGGCAAUGCCUCUGGAGCCGUUCCUCCGUUCUCUGUGCUCAAGCUUGGACCCAAGAAUCUUAAACGUAAACAACAGGUUUUUCGACCUCGCGUAAUUAUAGCUCGCAAUAAAAGCAUAAGGCUGACCCCUCGAGUCAUUCUCCUCCAGUCAUUCGACCUAUACUGAAUCAAUACGUGCACACCAAGCACGAAUUCCAGACGUAUUCAGCCGAGCUAUUCGGCCUACUGGCCUCGGGGCAGCUGCGACUUUCGGUCCACUCGGAGUAUCCCCUCUCGACGGAAGGGAUCAAACAAGCCCAGACUGACAUAAGUACGAUCAGUUCUUUCUUCUCGGCGCGUCGGUGUUCGUUCCAGAAUUUCCGAAGAAAGUACUGCGUAUUGACGUAUCCGACUGUGCAUCGAACAGUGGGUCGCAAGUCCAGCGGAAAGCUCUUGAUCAAGGUCGUUCAAGAGUGA